CAGGGUGUAAACACGGAGACGACAAAUGACGGUACAAUGAGGGCUUUGGCAACAGCUGCCAAGCUGGUCCCAUAUGACAGUGCUCUCUUCGUCAUCACGGACAAGGGUCCGGGAGAUCCUCAGAGACUUCCACUAGCCUUGAGGGCUCUUGUCGAAAAACGGUUAAAGGUCUACACCAUAUGGACAGAUCCUGCACAUCCAUCACCCGAGUCUGAAGAAGCUCUACAGGAGUUGAGGAAUGUUUCCAAGCAUACUGAAGGAGAGGUCAUGCCAUACCCACUACAAGUCAUGGACAUGGAAGGAACAAGUAACUUGGCUGCGGAGACUGAACUGGAACAGUGGAGCCCCCUGGACCCUAAGCAGGGUAGAAGAGGAAGAUUACAUAACGACUUGGGACUGGAGAAACUUGAUCUUCUGUUGGUACGUCGCGGAGCUGAACAAGCCAUAUCGUUAGGAGUUCCAGUUGAGAACGGAGUGACAGCAUUGAGGGUCUUCAUCGAGGGAGCCGUAGACCAUGCAGUCUUAUAUCCUCCAAAUGAUGCUCCACAAAUCGAUCUGUACAACACGACAUCAGUGGCCGCCUUCUCCUCUACAUCCAGGACUGAGGGUGUAUCUCCGAGAGACGUGUACCUGGUAUUCCCUGGCACCAAGUACGAUUUAGACAUGUUAUCAGUCCUCCCUAUGAGUCCAGACAGACCAGAAGAUCAAGCAGCUUACGUUGGCAUGUGGCACCUCAGCAUUAGGUGUGAAACUUGCGACUACCGGCUCAUGGUGUCUGCGAGAACCCAUAUACACUUUGAUGUGGAAACUGACACCCCUGAAACCCUCAAGUUCCGCGUGACAGGACCAGUGGCCAGCGUCAGGGAGUCGCAGAUAGUCGACGAGUACAGCACAGAACUGGCUAAACUGCCAUUCAGUUACCAGCCCAUAACUGGUGAUGUCCAGAAUGAAGAAAUUGAUCCCGUGGUGGAACUUGUAGCUGAUGUUGCACUGCCACCAUUGAAGGCAUCCAAAGUUUACGCCAAAAUCGUCGGGAGGGAUUUAAGAGGGGAACCAUUCAUCAGGCUAUCAGGACCUUUGAACCAGCCAGAAAUACGCAUGGGACGCUCAGCAUCCAUGUUCAUGUCUGACUCAACAAAUGGUUUAGAAAAACUUGAAGAAUUCGAUUCCAGGUCUAAUAAUGCUCAACUGCUGUUUAACCAGAACCAGGAUGCUCAGCCCUACAGUAGGGCUAUUUCACAGGUCGUUAACCAACAAGGAAUAGUGCUAACUGCUAUUCAAAUUGGUUUGGCCAGCAGGUUGUAUGGAGCUCCAGGAGAAAGUUUACAGCUACACUUUGAAGUAACAAAUUACAGAGAACAAUCAAUGAGAUUCAAUUUCGGAGCCACAGGAGAACUGAGGUUCUUGACUGGAAUCAACCCUACUAGCCAAACCAUCACUCCUGGGCAGACAGCCAACGUGAUAGUCAGCUUGAUAAUAUCACCGACAGCACAACCAGGGUUGAGGGAUACCAUCACUUUCACAGCUUAUGGAACCACGGGAGGAGACCAAAUAUCCCUAUCAGCGUACGUAUACGUCGCCAAUUCAGCAGAACCCGUUGACACAUUUGCUCCGGAGAUACGGCAUACCUUCCAAGGAACAUGUCUUGGUAGGACUGGUGACGACUGCGCUCAACAUGCCUGGUCUACUACUGUUAUCACCAGGGAUGGCCAAUCAGGUCUACUUCGGCUAACAUCAUCACCGGUUGGAGUCAUGUACACGAGUGAUUUCAUCUCGGGAACACGACAGGAGGUGACGGCUACUUACAGGGCAACCUGUUGUGCACCACGAGUGUUGCUGAACGCUGUCGACGCUUAUGGGAACACAAACAGCUAUAUCAUUGACAGUUCCAAUCACCUCACAGGAGCAGCGAUAGCGGCUAUCGUCCUUGGAGUACUACUGGCUAUAGCGCUGAUAGUCCUCCUGGUCUUCCUCAUAAUAUGGUGUGUGAGGAAACGGAAAGCAUCGAGAGAACUACCCUCUUACAAUACAUCGAGAAAUUAAGAAAACAU